AUGGAAAGUGAGGAUGACAUGACGACUCCAAGAGUCUUGAAGGCACAAACUCCAUCUGCAAGAGAAAACCAGAUCAGUCAGUCGUCUCGGACCACUUCACGGAGGUUUUCUAGUCUUUCUUUUCGAUCGCUUUCAGGUUCCUGGUCUUCGUUCUGGGGUAGAGAAAGUUCAUCUCGCUCGCACACAGAUCUCAGUGAGGAAUCAGCCUCCUACGCAUGCGUCCCGUUUACCGCCUUUGUCCCCAGUCAUCACUCGAUAUCGCAGCCCGCACAGAGAAGGUUCCCUAUUUACGCACGAAACAAUCCUCUGAGCACAUACAGCUGCUCAUCGUCUGUCUCUCGCCUUCCUUCAAAUCACGUCACAAUUCACAAGAAAGCGCGCAGCAAGUCAACCUCAUCCCACAAACCUGACAAGCUUCUUGCGAAGUCAACCCCGUCGCCAGACACAUCUCAAACUCCAGAAGGCCGGAAAGGAAGUACUUUCGCAAUACCAUCACGAGCACCUUUUCGUCGUGUUCUUUCAAAAGCCAUGACAACAAAUACAACCCUUUCAGGCGACAGUGCCCACGGUGAUUGCUCUUCUGUGACUGAGCCAUCUGUUCUUAGACGUCUUCCAUCUACACACCACCCCUCUAUCGAAGGGGUUCUACGUGGUCACAUUACAGAUGUUGGCGAAUCGAGUACUCUCAGUCGAGCUCUUCCAACACUGGAGCGUGGCCUCCACCGACAAGGCUCUGGCAGGGUUAGUCCAAAUACUGCGGGCAGUAGCGAGACACAAGCCACUACAUACUCGGGCAUGUUCCGCCCGAGAGGUUCUGUGUAUUACGAUGCCCCAAACCCCUUGCUCGUACCUCCUCCUCCUUCGGCUCAUUCGGGAAUACCAUCAAUCUCAGCAUCUGACGCUUCUCUGAUUCGACAAGGACUGAUGUCAACCAAUCGAAUUCGUCUUCCACCUAUUUCAGCCCUUACGAUUGACACGUACACAUUCAUGGUGCACAGUAACGAUCCGAAAUAUCGAGCCAUAGCACACGUUGUCUUUGACCUGAGCGCCAGAGAGCAAAAUUCACUUCAUCGCAACAGUGAUGUCAACCCAUAUGUACCUGACCCACCCUACAACAUCGUCCAAGCUUACUCCGGUUUCCUACAUGAGCUGAGCAUCGAAACAUCUGUGUCUGGACCAUGCGUACAAGUGUCUCAAAUUGGCUUGUCUUCGGUUACAUACCUCAAUAAUGGUGAUCGCUGGGUUGUUGUCGUCUCUGUGGGAAUUAAGGACACAAGCCUUGCCUCUCGGUUGUCAACAUCUCUUCGCCAUCGACAAAGCAACAACCAUAUGUCUCCGGCAAUGGCGAUGGUCGAUCAUUUCCUGGAUGUCCUCAAAACAGAGAAAGACGACGAGUCUGUUGUUGUAUCUGCAGUCAUCAGGUACAAGCAUGGUUUUCUGCCUCCUGACACCAAGCUGGUGUCCAAUGCAACUGUUACGAUUGACCAUGUGGCUGGCAUCGACGCUUGUAACAGAGUCGUCCGCGAUCACUAUGAAGAGGUCGCCCCUGCUGUCCUGUCUGCGCUCCUCCCUGGCGUGGACGACGUCGCCCUGUCGACCGUCAGUCCACCCAGUCACUCUCAAUAUGCCAGAACCCUGCCGAUGGAUGGGUUGCGGCUUUUGCAGGACUUUGACAGCCUGUUUGGUGGUGGGGUGGGCGGUGCCCUGGCAGUAGACCUCUCCAUCAUGGAGGCCUACUACCUGGACGCCGCCAGGGACGAGGUGGCAGUUUUGGCGGCGCCUUCCCUCGUCCGUCGCCUGGUAAAGAGGCUGUCGAACAAUUAG